AUGUCGACCUCGGGACCCUCAACUGAGACAGCGAGCACGAUCCCCAUCCCUCCCUCCCUCACCAGCUCCACCACCUCCUUACCGCCCGCGACCUCACAAGCCCUCAUUCAACAUCUCCGACAGACCGGCGCUAUCCCCGACCUCAGCUCUCUACUAGCGGAUAGCCUUGCCCGCACAGGCUGGACAGACCGCGUCCGCGCACUCGCACUCGAGUUACUCAGGAAUGGCUCAUGCGACACUUUUCCGGAGUUGAUGAGCGAAGUCAUGCGACGGGCCAAGUUGCCCAAGGAUGCCAAGGAGAAGGAAAGCAAGGAUGCGAAGACGAACGGGACGAGCACGCCCGCAACGACUACAACCACAGGCCCUGGAGCAGGAGGCCCAGCUGCGCUGAACGGCGCAGUGGUGAACAGCAACAACGCCAUUGCUCUUUCAAAAGAAUGGUCCGGCGGCCCGGAUGGAUUGCCAGAUGUAAGGAUACCCGAGGUCACUGUUGAGCUAGGGGUGGAAUUUUUGAAAGAAAAGAUCAAGGAUGUCGUCGAGCCGAUCGACGACGAUAGCGAUUAG